AUGGCGAAAGAUACAAAAAAUAUCGAAAGCGUCGACAGCGCGUAUUAUGAAGAUGAAUUGUUGAUGCUUGAAGCAAAACGCAACAUCUUCUUUGAACUCGUCCAGAGCAUUUACAACAAGUCGCUAGUUGUUGAUACAUCCUUCGAAGAUUUGUACUGCCGCAUCAGGAGAGCGGUUAAGCGGCUGCAACCAGCCGCACCGCCGGCCUCUUCGCUGCCUUCUAUAGUGGAGAGAGCCAGACCUUCUUUGCCAACGAUGGAACUGAUAGCGUUCGAUGGAGACAUACGUAACUGGCCGCUGUUCUACGCUAGUUUUAAAUCUAGAGUGCACGACAAUCUGUCGCUUACCGACGAAGAGAAGCUUUUCUACCUUAUUGGGAAAUUGUCACCAAAAGCUCAAGCUGUCUUCGCGGAUCGCAUUACCGACGACUUGCCGUCAGUGCCCGUGGACAUGUCGACCCUCACGCAUGUUCAUGGACUUCCUCUGGCUGACGACACGUUGGAUACGCCCGUCGCAAUUGAUGUCCUGGUGGGUGCAACUAUAUUCCCGCAUUUGUUGCUACCGCACAUUGUCAAAAGCGAAGUGGACCAUAUGCCACCGGCUAUUCAGACGGACUCCAUGGACCACCUCCUCAAAAGGUUCUGGGAGCUUGAGGAAGUAUCCGCUCCGCCCGCUCAAAGUCAAGAUGACCUUGAAUGCGAAGAUUACUUUCGCGCUACCACCACGCGCAACGCUAGUGGCAGAUAUACUGUCGCAUUGCCUUUCCGAGAUGACGUAUUCAAGCUCGGAGAGUCGCAUUCUGCUGCUAAGAGGCGCUUUCUUUGCCUUGAAAGGAAGCUAGAAUUAUCGAGUAUGUUACGUGCCGCCUAUGACGAUAUCAUUCGGGAAUACGUCAGUAAGGGUUACAUAUCGGAGGUAACUAACUCCAUGAACGCCUCACCAGCUAUCGCGUACAUAAUUCCUCAUAUGGCUGUCGUGCGCGAGGACAAGGCAACGACCAAAGUGCGCAUGGUCCUGGACUCGAGUAGCAAGACAAGCACAGGCCUGUCGCUGAAUGAUGUAUUACACUCAGGGCCCAACCUUCAAGGGGAUUUGUUUUCAAUCCUUCUGAACUUUCGCUUAUUCAGAAUAGCGCUUUCGGCCGAUUGCCGUCAAAUGUUUUUGCAGAUUGGUGUUCGCGAAGCGGACCGCCAGUUUCAGCGAAUCUUGUAUAGAUUCCGCCCGGCAGAUCCCAUUACCACGUACGAAUUUCAUCGUGUGUGUUUUGGCAUGAAGUCGAGUCCCUAUCACGCGCUCCGCGUCGUCCGUCAGCUGAUUGCAGACGACGGACAUAAGUAUCCCAAGGCCGCAGCGAUUGCGUCCUCCUGUACUUACAUGGAUGACGUAUGUUUUAGCAUUAUGUCAGAUGACUCGCUACAGCAGGAUGAGUCUGUUGCUAUUAACGCGGCUAAGGAGCUGAUUGAUCUAUUCAAAUGCGGUCAAUUUGAUCUUGUGAAAUGGACCUGCAAUUCAGACGCCGUGCUACGCGAAAUACCCGCUUCGCACCGGGCUUCCGUAGACAUUGAAAUCGACCCAGGGAUCUCCCAAAAGGUUCUGGGCUUAUGUUGGAAUAAAUCUGGCUUCGGUGAUGCAUCCGAGCGUGCAUAUGGAGGUGUAGUAUACCUUCAGGUUCUAAAGGGAGACGAAGUGACAACUCGGCUGGUGUGUUCCAAGUCGAAGGUCAGUCCCCUUAAAACAGUAUCCGUUGCGAGAUUGGAAUUGUGUGCUGCAGUCCUCCUGGCGAAGCUCAUGCGGAAGGUGCAAGAUAACUUCGAACCUCGUUAUAAGAUCAACGAGAUCUACGCGUUUACUGACUCGAAGGUUGCCCUCUGCUGGAUUCAGUCAUCACCACACCGCUGGCAAACGUUUGUUGCCAACCGGGUAGUUAAGAUUAUUGAAACUAUUCCGGCCAACUGCUUCCAUCAUGUGGCGGGCUUGGAAAAUCCCGCGGAUUGCCUGUCCCGUGGACUGACGCCUGCAAAGCUAGUGGAUCAUCCUUUGUGGUUCACGGGACCAGCUUGGGCUAGCAAGCAUCCAUCAGAGUGGCCUUUAAGGGAACUCGAUCGAGAGUCCAUCGGUGAAGUGCCGGAGCUUAAGCCUCUUGCACACGCUACAACUACGGAUGUGUCAGAGUCACCACUUUAUUCGCUCGCUCAGCGGAUAUCAUCGUGGUCACGAUUAUUGCGCAUCAUCGUAUACGUGUACCGCAUUCUAAAACCGAAACCGCGAUCCACGGCACUUACUCGGUCUGACCUAGAGUUCGCUGAAGGCAAAAUUCUUUCAUCGUUACAAAGGCAACACUUCAGUGACGAUAUUGAUAAAAUUAAAAGCAAGAAGUGUUGUUCGCCUGCCUUACAAAAGCUUAAACCGUUCAUGGAUAAAGACGGUCUGAUUCGUGUUGGAGGCCGACUGUCAAAUGCUGACUUGGAAUAUACACAGAAACACCCAAUUGUGCUUCCCCGACGUGAUCAUGUAGUUAAUCUGAUUGUUGAUUACUUCCACAGAAAGCAUUUGCAUGCCGGUCCUGAGGCAUUGAUGUCUAUACUUAGGCUUCAGUAUUGGAUACUGUCGGCUCGUCGUGUCAUUCGUGACCGCGUUGCCAAAUGCAACACGUGUUUCCGAGCGAAUCCACAAUCGUCUUUCCCGCUCAUGGCAGACUUGCCGAGCUGUCGCGUGAAUCAGGUAGAUAAACCUUUUACGCAUACGGGGUGUGAUUAUGCAGGCCCCUUGCAGUACACACCUACUCGUGGCAGAGGAGUCAAGAGUCGCAAGGCUUGGUUAUGUAUUUUCACUUGCCUCACGACGCGCUGCCUUCAUAUCGAGAUAGCGACGGAAUUGAGUACUGCUAACUUCUUGGCCGCUUUAAAGCGCUUCUUGGCGCGGCGUGGCCCCGUCCAAUGCAUGUAUUCGGACAAUGGGACUAAUUUCACCGGCGCCAACUCUUAUAUGCGAGACCUCUACAAGUUUUUGGACGAUCAUCGUCCACAUCUUGAAAUAGAGCUCGCGGAGAACCGCAUCGAUUGGAAGUUUAUUCCUCCCGCUUCUCCACACUUUGGAGGCGCAUGGGAAAGUAUGGUGAAAAUAGUCAAAAAUCACCUUUUCAAGGUAAUUGGUACGCAAAUACUGUCAUACGAGGAACUUCUGACUACGCUUGCGCAGAUAGACCCAACUAGCAAAAUAGUCGUAUAA